AUGUUUUUCAAGGUAUUUUGUGUGCUGUCUGUAGCUGCUGUAGCGGUCUCCGCUUAUGGACAUUCAUCCCAGUUCGUCCACAAAUAUGAUGGACACCACGAGCCUGUACACCAUGGGCAUGGUCACCAUGACUACUAUACUCACCCAAAGUUCGAGUUCGGCUACAAAGUGGACGACAAGCACACGGGCGACCACAAGUCGCAGCACGAGCACCGCGACGGUGACGUCGUCAAGGGCCACUACUCCCUGCACGAGCCUGACGGCUCCGUCAGGGACGCUGCCUUAGUCAUCACCCUCUUCGCUGUAGCGAUCGCACGGCCUCAACACCACGGUCAUGGUCACGCCAUCUCCUCACAAAGCAUCGUACUGCACCACACUCACGAGACAAAACACCCUGUACACCACGAGGAACAGAAUCACAAAGAUGAACACCAUUAUGCUCAGUACUAUCAUGAUGACCACGAGGAGCAACGCCACGACGAGCAGCACCUCAAGGAACAGCACGGCCACGCCUCCUCCUCACAGAGCAUUAAGCAACACCACGGAAAAGCUACUGAAAAACACGUUGAAUAUUAUUCCCACCCUAAGUACGAGUUCGCUUACAAAGUAGAGGACCCUCACACCGGUGACAAGAAAUACCAGCACGAGGCGCGCGACGGUGACGUCGUGAAGGGCGUGUACAGUCUGCACGAGCCCGACGGUACUGUCAGGAUUGUCGAGUACCACGCUGACAAGAAGACUGGAUUUAACGCUAACGUCAAGUUUGAGGGUCACGCCAAGCACAUUGUUCCCGAACACCACCAUUGA